AUGGCCGAGCCCCGCACCGAGAUGAUGUCGGCAGCAUCAUCCAGCCACGCCGGCGACGCGCACUCCCAAUCAUCCGCCUCGACACCUCCCUUGGAGCCAUCUAACGAACACAACGCCCACACCGGCCCUCACUCAAGCCAAUCGCACGUCCUCGACGAAACCCUCUUCCCCGCCGACUCGUACACCGCGGACACCAAGACCUACUGGGCCGACCUCCCCUUCUGGGAAAAGACGCGAUGGAUCACCAAUCAGUCCAACACAGAAGCUCGUCGCGAGCUCGGCGAGAUCGGUAGCAUGUUCAAGCGCGACCCCCUUUCGCCGCUGCGUGCCUACUACAACAACUACGUCAUCACCGGUCUCGGUCUCUUUGUCGAAGGCUAUACACUCUUUUCGGUGGGAAACUUGACGCCGCUUUUCAAGGCGGUGUGGCCAGCAUGCUGGAAGACUCACGAGGUGUGCGACAAAACUUGGGUCAGUGCCAUCGACUACCUCGAGAUUGUCGGUAUCAUCGUGGGUCAGAUCCUCGUCGGUAUCGAGGGUGACUGGAUUGGACGACGUUUCGGUAUGGUGCAGGAUGCGUUGGUGAUGACGCUGGGAUCGGUGAUGCUGACGGCCAUGUGGGGUAACUCGCUCAACGGAUGGGUCAUCUGCUACGCCUGGUCCGUCUUUAUCUACGGUAUCGGCGUUGGUGGCGAAUACCCCAUGACAUCCACCCGAGCCAUGGAGGGGACCGGUUCCGGUCGAGCUGCCACCACCGGCGAUCGAAUGCACCGUGGUCGCAAGGUGGCCCUGUCCUUCCUCAUGCAGGGCUGGGGUCAACUUGCCAACCAGGCCGUCCUCAUCAUCGGCCUUCUCAUCUUCCACGGCUCGCUCGCGGCCCCUUACUCCACCACCUCCACCCAGUGGACUUUCCGCGUCCAAUUCGGCAUUAUCGCCGUCUUUACUCUCUACCUCGCCUACAUCCGCUACUACCGCAUGACCUAUCAGGACGCCGCCCUCCGCCAAGCCAAAAAGCGACUUGGCACCUCGGGCUACGACAUGAAGUCCCUCAAGCUCUCGCUCAACCACUACUGGCACCGUCUCGUCGGCACGGCCCUCGGCUGGUUCGCCAACGACUUUUUCUUCUACGGCAACAAGAUCUUCAGCGGCAUCUUUAUCAACAUCAUCACGGGCAACCGAGGCGGGCUGGAGACGACUUGGCUGUACAACCUCUACAACAUCAUCAUCUCGCUCGCAGGGUACUAUCUGGCGGCGUUGUUGAUCGACCACAAGCAGUACGGGCGAAAGUGGAUGCAGGCCAACGGGUUCAUUGCCGACUUUAUUCUCUUCAUCAUUGGAGCGGCGCUGUUCAACCCGUUGACCAAGCCUGGUGGAGGAGUCAAGGCCUUCCAGGCGAUCUACUUUUUGAGCUCCUUUUUCAACCAAUUCGGGCCCAACUCCACCACUUUCUUGCUCGCCGCCGAAGUUUUCCCGGCCUCCAUCCGCGCCACUUCGCAUGGUGUCUCCGCCGCCGUCGGCAAGCUCGGAGCCCUUGCUCCUGCCAUCCUCUACAACUACAUAGAAAACAGAACGAAGUUCUGGGUAGUGUCGUGGUUCGGCCUGCUCGGCUGGAUCCUAACAAUGGUCUUCAUCCCGGACACGACGGGUCUCGACCUUCGCGAGCAGGAACGCUACUGGGAAUGCGUCGUUCAAGGCCGCGAGUCGGACUACCACGGUGUCGCCAUCCACCCGCGUCACCUGUCCUUCUACGAGCGUGUCGUCCUCAAGAGGCACAGGCACUACAAUCCCGAGCUCGACAGGCAGCAGAAGAUGGCCGAGCUCGAACGCAUGUUCCACUCGUCCAAGGCCGAGAAGGGCGAGGUCGACGAGGUGGAUGUCAUGGAGGAGGACCUGCAGUCGUACUUCCAGCAGCUCGCGGAUGGGAAGAAUCUGGGCUCGGCAGCUCCGCAACAGCAACACCCGUCGAAGCUCGCCGAGAUCGAGAAGAGGUUGUGA